CCGAGGUAGGGGAUACUCAGUCUCGCGGCCACGUGCUACACGAGCGCACGCCCCGAGCCGGCCGGCGGUCCAGCCAGCCACGACGCCGUCUUCUUCCUCUUCUUCGUCCCCGUAUCAGCCCGCGCACGUUCCGCCCGAUGUCCGCUGGCUCGGUUGGUCCGUUCCUUUUUGGAAGCGUGACCGCUCGUCGUGUGACGCGCCCGCGAUAGACGGAGGGAACAGUCGCGAAGUCGCGCGACGUCGAUUCGAGCGAGCGUGAGCGAGCGUGCGAUCGGUGCUGCUGCUGCUGCUGCUGCUGCUACUGUUGCUCCGGAAGGUGACCACCCGGAAGAACGAAACCAGCCGAGAGGAGGAACCCUGAAAAGGGGUUGACCUGACGACAACAUUCGCGUGCUGUGAUUCCACCCGACGGAUGAUCGCGCUUGCCUGCGUCGCGUCGCCUGCGAGGAUAUCGUCGAGCUCGAGGUGCGACGCGAGUGUGCAUCGGAGUACACGAUUGGAUAAGAUGAAUGUCGGUUUGGUGCGAUGAUGACGUUAUUAACGCGACGAGGACUGCUUGACGGCACAUGCGGGGUGCGUGGAUGAACGUGCGCGUCGUCGUCGACGGUGUGUGCUUUUUCUGUGCUUGCGAGCGAACGGCCGAAGAGCUGCGGCGGCGAUGCGUCGCUGUUGUUGUUGCCGUUGACGUCGCGCGUCGGACUGACGGUUUGUCCGGAAGUGCAUCAAGAGGAAGAGGGAUACAGUGACACGAGAGCGGGAGCAUCGUUGGACAGAAUUUCGCACAGGUGCGUACUGGCGGGGAACGAGUGAGGAUCGCGCGUCGCACAAACACCUCGGUGACGUGAGCACGUGAGCAACGCGGGAAAAGCGUGCAAAAUGUUGGCUCGCUACCUCAAGCGGAAAGAGGGCAGGUCGGCUUACAGGCCAGGACGGCUGACACCGAGGGAUUAAAGAGCGUCGAAUGGACGUGGGCGAUUUGUCGAGCCCGGCAGGAUUGUCAGGGAGCGGAACCAUCUCGGGUGCGACGGGUGUUGGUAUCAUCGCCAACACGACAUCCGCCACCUCAGGGUGGUGGACGCCUACGUCGACGAUCACCUCGGCAGCGGCCAACACCGACGUGAUGAAUCAGCUCUGCAGGGUUUGCGGAGAGCCGGCCGCGGGUUUUCACUUCGGGGCCUUCACGUGCGAAGGCUGCAAGUCUUUCUUCGGGCGCACCUACAACAAUCUGGGCAGCAUCUCCGAGUGCAAAAACGGCGGCGUCUGCGUGAUCAACAAGAAGAACCGCACCGCCUGCAAGGCGUGUCGCUUGCGAAAGUGCCUGAUGGUGGGCAUGUCGAAGUCGGGCUCGCGUUACGGCCGCCGCUCCAACUGGUUCAAGAUACACUGCCUGCUGCAGGAGCAGUCGCAUCAGGCGCAGACACGCCUGAUCAAGGACCCCAAGUCUGCCUACGAGAAGGCCUUCGGCUCGCUGGACGCGGCGAACAACAAUAACAGCAACAGCAACGCCGAGAACGCGAGUAACACGAGCGCGAGCAGCAUCGUCAGCGUCGUCACCACGGCGACCACCACGGCCAACAACAGUUACCAUCAUCAUCUGCACCACCACCACCACCACCACCCGGACCGGUUGCCCAAGAGGGAGGACGGCGGCGCUCUCAGGCCGCAGGACAUCCCGAUGCAGCUGCGAUCGCCGGAGAUGCCGCCGCGAAGCGGCCAAGAGCCGAUCCUGAGGCCCGGCGACCUCGCGCGGGCCCCGCACGAGCUCCUCAGGCCCGAGGUCUCGAGGUUCCCUAUGUGGAGAGGCCCGCCGCUCUUCCACCCGGCGCUCACGCACAUGCAGCUGCUGAACGCGCCGUUCUUCCCGUUCCAACAGCGCUUCAUCGUACCUUACGUGAACCAGGUGAGUCCGCCGCAGAUGGUGACCAGUCUGUCCAGCUCGUCCAGCGAGAGCGUGACCCCGCGCUCGACCCCGUCGCCCAAGAGGAGCGAAGAGAACCGCGAGUGUCGCGAGCCCGGCCGCGAAGCGGCCGAGCGAGGUUGCCCGAGGGGGGCAUCGGUCGAGGUUACGUACGACAAGAGUUUGGCGUUCUUGCGAUCCCUCGGACCGGAGCAAGAGGAGCCGAUGGACCUCAGCAUGAAGGACGUGCGAACGGACGGCCAAGAAGCGGACGCCGGCAGCACAGAGGAGGAGGACAAGUCGAGCGACAGCGAAGACAACGAGCUCCUGCAGGAUACCGGGCCGCCGUUGGACCUGACUCGGAAGACAUGACCACGGACACCCGACGAAGGUGCUCGAUAGGAACUCGACCGGCUCGGACGUUCCAGGCCGUCCCGAGCAAAUCGUCGCGUCGCGAAAGCUGCUGCACCGGGAAAGCUGCCGCGCCGCGGCGGGAGGAGCAGUGGACGCUCGAAGGAAGAAGCUGACUGAGAUGGGGAAAGAGAUGAUGAAAGAACGAGGAAGGCGGGAGAAAGAAAAUGCGAGGAGAGGGAGAGGAAAAAGCAGAGGGGCAGAAGAAGAGGAGGAGCGGAGGUACAGUUACAUAUCGCAAUGACGCGGCGGGCGCGAGAAUCACGGCAAAGUGUCAAAGAUGUCAAAAGACGAGGCGCAAGGGAGAGGAGAAGAGUAGCCGAAUACGUCUAGGUCGGAAUGACACGAGGAAAAGUGAGAGGAGGAAGAGGCGGGGAACGCGACUCGCCCGACGCUGAGGACGAAGGAGAAGAAGAAGCAAAAGAAGAAGCAGCAGAGGAAGAAGAAGGAGAU